UGGUUGCUUACAUACUGACACAAAGUUAGAGACACAGAGCCAGUUGCUUCACCAAACAGAGACAAAAAAAGAGGAAUUACUUAGGAGCAAUUGCUCACUAUUUUCCAGUUUCAUUUUAACUUUAACUCUUGUUUAUGUGAGUGGGAUAGGCAGAAGGUCAUUCAGUGUUCGGUACCUUCAACAUGCCAUUCUGGUUGUUCUAGACACACCCCACCCUUGGGUAUUUUUUCUUCUACCAACGUUCUGUUUUUUUUUCUCUCUCAGUUUUGUUGUAAUUCAGAUCUGACAGAUCCUCCACCACAAACAUGGAGCAUGGCAAAUAAAAACUGUUUCGCUGAGGUGUAGAUGCCUUGGAUUGAACCACAAAAUUUUGCGAGAGAGAAAGAGACUGUGGCCUUCCUCUGUAAAGGUGGAUAGAAUUUCUUCAGCUGUGUUGCCUGGUGAGCUGCCCACCUUGAAGCUCUUCCUGUGUUGAAGGGUGUGGUGUAGAGCAGUGUGUGUGCGUGCAUAUGUGGUGAGUCUCUGGAGAGGCAGGAGAGUGCCCGUCAGCCUGAGUCCUCCCACUGUCCACCGCUGCACCAUGACCACUGCAGUCCAGCCCAACGAGCUUGUCUUUGAGUUUGCCAGCAACGGAAUGGAUGAAAUCAGCCAGCUGGAUGACCCAUCUGUGUUUCCAGCUGUGAUUGUGGAACAGGUGCCUGCUGCUGACCUCAUGCAAGUGUACUCAGGGCUAGAGACUGAUGAAGUCACCAAUGGCAUCAUGGUGGACACCAUGCAGGAUGUAGUGGAGGAGAACAUUAUGGUGGGAGAUGUAGGGCUGUCUGAGACUUCAGUCUCUGGAGGUGAAGAUAAUGUAGAGACCAUUGAGGCAGCUGAGGCUUUGCUGAAUAUGGAAUCUCCGAACAACAUCUUGGAUGAGAAACGCAUGAUUCACACAUAUGGAGCUCUGCUGGAACCAGACCUGUCCUACAUAUCUUUGCGGCCGGAGCAACUUUCUGCUGACUGCAUGGACGUCUCUCUGGAUGAAGAAACUUCUUCUAUCGAUGAGAUCCCUCAGAAGAGUGCAUCCAAACCACCUAGGAAAAAUAAAGUGCGCAAACCUAGGAUGGUGCGCCCUUGUUCCCCUAUCACCAAUCCCGCUCUCCCUCUGAAAAAAAAGAGUAAAGAAGGAAAAGGUAACACAAUUUACCUGUGGGAAUUUUUGCUGGCUUUGCUCCAAGACAAAAACACCUGUCCCAAAUACAUCAAGUGGACGCAGAGAGAGAAGGGUAUCUUUAAGCUAGUGGACUCUAAGGCUGUGUCCAAGCUGUGGGGAAAGCAUAAGAACAAGCCUGAUAUGAACUAUGAGACCAUGGGAAGGGCUCUCAGAUAUUACUACCAGAGGGGCAUUCUGGCCAAAGUUGAAGGUCAGAGGCUUGUGUACCAGUUUAAAGAGAUGCCAACUGAUCUGGUGGUGAUUGAUGAAGAUGAUAGUCAGUGUGGAGACUCCAGCCAUGGUUUUAGCAGCCAGCGCUCCAAUUGCCAUAGUCGUGUCAUGAGCCGUGGAGCAUCGCGUUCCCAAGGCAAAGGGUCAGGCUACACACAAACCAAAGCAGUGAAGAAGGAGCCAGGUGCCAGCGUGUUGUACCAGAAUGCCAAAUGUAAACAAAGUGAGCAGCUGCUCCAGACUGUUCAUGUGCUGCAGCCAAACCAGGGAGCUGCUGUUCCAGCUCCUGCACACCCUUUGAGAGCCAUUAACAUGCCUGCCACUGUCCCCAUGGUCCUUACAUCUGGAUCGCAAGGAGGAGCACCAGUCACACUGCAAACAGUGCCUCUAUCCUCUGUCCUGGCCAACAGCGACUCUCUGAAUGGCCUGACCCGUGUGGUUACACUCAAUUCCAGUGGGCAUCCCAUUGUAGCGCAGCAGCCCGGUACUGUCAUUGCCACUGUGCUGAAACCUGGAGAGUUUCAGAACCUGCAGGUAAAGGAGGAAAUCCUGGAGCCACAGUUCCUGCAGUCAAUGGUCAAUGGCAAUCCAUUCUGCAAGGAGGAAACAGAUAGAGGGUCAUCUGAGCUUGGCCAAAGGACCGUGAUUGUUGGUGUUGCUGGCCAGAGUAUGUGCCAGCUUGCUAAUGGACACUCGGAUGCAGGGGCAGAGCUGGCAAGCAGCCCCAGUGAGGGUUUAACCCCAGUGGAAGAGCUGGAGGUGAAGAGUGAAAUUGCUGGAGCCAAAGAGUUGCUAGAAUGCCCGCAAGUACCUGUUCCUGUGCAAAUACCAACUUCUCAGUUCAUCCAGGUGAAAACAGAACUCUCUGAGACCUAAACAUUUGCCAACAUCAGGAGACCACAGACUUAUGCUUCAAUAAUUCAGUUAAAGUCGCCUGAGGACCAUUUUGUGCCUAAAUUUGAAUAUUAAGGAAAAGUUAAGUAAAUCCAUACUGGCUGGCUCUGCAGCAUCAGCUUCAAUCCAAUAUACCAAACUGUAAUCAGAGACCAGACAUUUAAAAUAAUUAUUUUGCCAGUUAUUAUCAUAUUUUGUCUUCUUGGACAUACCUGCUAUUUUAAAUAUAUUCCUUCAAAAAUUGCCAAAUAGCAUACUGAAGUGUUGACAGACAGCUGCUAUGGAAUAAAAAGAACUCAACAGAUCAGUUCAGGAAUAUUUUCAUUUAGAAGGGGUAUUUGCCUGUGGUUUAUUGGCAUUCAGACUGAAAAAUGGCACAAAUGGUUUGAAUUAUAUAAUAACUUUUAUAUCUGCAAGAAUAUGCAGAACAAUGUUGUGGACUAACAGACUUUGCCUAAAAUCCAAAUGGCUGACCCAACAGGUUAUUUUCAAAUCAUAUUAUAAAGAUUAUUUAAGGAUUUCUUGUGCUAUUAUGGAAAUAGGCAUUCUCUGUUAUAAGACAUUCAUUUUAAAUUAGAUAUGCCUUUAUAUAUUAACUGAAUACAGAGACCGUAAAAUGACAAAUUGCCUAAUCAUCAGUAUAUAAACAUAUACGAUAAAAAUGAUUUUGUUUAUGGCCACACAUUUAUUUAUUUUGUGAAUUUCUGUCUGGAUAAGCGGUGUAAUUGUUUUAAGAUUUGUAUGAAAUAUUGGGAAUAUGCAAAUAUAUAUAUAUAU